AUGGCUGUUUCUAUGAGAGAAGUGGAUCCAGCCUUUCAAGGAGCUGGACAAAAAGCAGGAAUUGAGGUAUGGAAGAUUGAGAAUUCUAAGCCAGUGGCUAUCCCUGAGGCUUCUUAUGGUAAAUUUUUUACAGGGGAUUCCUAUAUUAUUUUGAAGACUGUUACAAAAAAAAGUGGUGUCUUCCGCUAUGACAUCCAUUAUUGGCUAGGUAAAGAUGCAACUGAGGAUGAUGCCAGCACAGCAGCCACAAAAACACUUGAACUUGAUGCAGCUCUUGGAGGAAGAGCUGUUCAGUAUCGUGAAUUACAAGCCCAUGAAACUGAAAGAUUCCUUUCUCUUUUUAAACCAUGUAUUAUACCUGAAGAAUCUGAACCUCAAGAACACAAAACUCGUAUGUUUGUUUGUAAAGGAAAACAUGUUGUUCAUGUAUAUGAGGUUCCUUGUGCUCGAUCCUCUCUGAAUCAUGAAGACAUAUGCAUCUUGGACACUAAAAAAAAAAUAUUCCAGUUUAAUGGUUCCAAUACUUCAAUACAAGAAAGAGCUAAAGCACUAGAAGUUGUGCAGUAUAUCAAAACCACUUACCAUACUAACAAGUGUGACAUAGCUACCAUUGAUGAUGGGAGAUUAAUGGCUGAUGCUGAAGCUGGAGAAUUCUGGGGUUUCUUUGGUGGAUUUGCUCCACUUCCAAAGAAAACAGCUACAAAUGAUGCUCAAAGUACUCAUGCUUAUCCUACUCAGCUACUUUGUAUCAUAAAGGGGAAAGCAAUACCUGUUGCUGCUGAUUCAUUGACAAAGAAAUUACUAGACACACACCAUUGUUAUCUUCUUGAUUGUGGAACAGAAAUUUAUGUAUGGGUAGGAAGAAGCACUAAUCUUGAAGAAAGAAAAGCUGCAAAUGGAGCUGCAGAAGAACAUUUACGUGUUCAUGAAAGACCAAAAUCCAACAUCAUUCGAAUGAUUGAGAAUUUUGAAACAGUUUCUUUCAGAUCAAAGUUUGAUUCAUGGCCUCCACUGAGUGAUGUGGUUGCAUCUGAAGAUGGUAGAGGGAAGGUGGCUGCGCUUCUAAAACGUAGAGGGCUUGAUGUUAAGGGUCUGAUUAAAACUUCUACUGAACAUGAGGAGGAACCUCAACCAUAUAUUGAUUGCAGUGGAAAUUUACAGGUGUGGCGUGUGGAUGGAAAAGAAAAGAGUCUUCUUCCAGACAUUGAACAAUCAAAAUUCUACACUGGAGAUUGUUAUAUCUUUCAAUAUACAUAUUCUGGAGAUGAACAAGAGGAAUGUCUUAUGGGAACAUGGUUUGGAAAACAAAGUGUUAAGGAAGACAGAGAUUCAACGAUGUCACUAAUAACCAAAAUGCUUGAAUCAGUCAAGUUUUUAGCUACUCAGGCACGUGUUUAUGAAGGAGAUGAACCCUUCCUUUUCUAUGCAAUAUUUCAGAGCUUUAUGGUUCUCAAGGGUGGUCUUAGUAAAGGAUACAAGAAUUACAUAUCAGAAAAAGGACUACCUGAUGAUACUUAUAGAGAAGAUGGAAUUGGACUCUUUAGAGUUCAAGGCUCUGGUCCUGAAAACAUGCAAUCAAUUCAAGUUGAUCCUGUUGCAGCUUCCUUGAACUCCUCCUACUGUUUCAUAUUACACAAGGAUACACUUGUCUUUAUGUGGAAUGGAAACCAGACAACUACUGAGGAUCAUGAACUUUCUGAGAGGCAACUGGAUCUCAUAAAGCCUGAUAUGCAGACGAGAGUUCAUAAAGAAGGAGCAGAAUCAGACCAGUUUUGGGAAAUUUUAGGAGGAAAAACCAAACAUCCAAAUCAAAAGAUUCAAACAACUGCUGAAACUGAUCCUCAUUUGUUCUCAUGUACAUUGUCCAAAGAUGACAGUUUAAAGCUUUAUCAGAUACACAACUUCAAGCAAGAUGAUUUAUUGACAGAAGAUGUAUAUAUCAUUGAUGUUCUCUCAAGCAUCUUUAUUUGGGUAGGGCAACAAGUUGAAGCAAAAACCAAAACACAAAAAUUAGCCAUUGGAGAGAAAUUUCUGGAACGCGACAUUCGUCUCGAGAAAUUAUCUCUUCAAACUCCAAUUUUCAUCAUAACGGAAGGAAGCGAACCACCAUUCUUCACACGCUUCUUCACAUGGGAUUCAAAGAAAACCGGAAUGCAUGGAAACUCAUUCGAAAGGAGGCUUUCUCUGAUCAAAGAUGGAGGUCGUUCAACUAUGAACCUUAAACCGAAAAAGCGAGCACCGGUGUCAUUCGGAGGAAGGUCCGGAUCCGAAAAACCACAACGGUCAAGGAGUGUGUCAUUCGGGUCGGACCGGCCUCGGGCAAGGGGCAGGUCUCCGGCAUUUAACGCUCUCGCUUCAAAAUUUGAUAAUCCUACUGCACAAAGAAACCUCUCAACUCCUCCGCCAGUUGUCAAUAAACUUUUUCCGAAAGUCGGCGGCUCCGGCGACACCGGUGGUGGCGGUGGCGGCGGCAAUCUUGACACCUCGAAACUUCCGGGCAGACUUGAUACGUCCAAACUGUUUUCCAAGUCUAAAGCCAUUGCUUCACUAACCGCCUCUUUUGAUAAACCUACACGAGACAAACUUAUGCCUCGUUCUAUCAAGACGGCGAGGUCGGAGCCAGUAUCAAAAAUGGAGGCAAACGCAAAGGGAACACCAAUGAGUAGUAGAAAAAUAGGGGGAUUUGGAGUAAAUAAGGAAGAUGCAAAUGAGAAUAAGGUUGAAAAGGAAGAAGAAGAAGAAAAAGGGGGAACUUUUUACCCAUAUGAUCGGCUUACUACAUCGUCAACGGAUCCUGCUCCAAAUAUUGAUGUCGCCAAGCGAGAGAUGUAUCUAUCCUCGAGCGACUUCCGGGAGAAAUUUGGAAUGACGAAAGACGCGUUCUACAAGAUGCCGAAAUGGAAACAAAAUAAGAUGAAAAUUUCGCUUAAGAUGUUUUGAAUAUUAUUAUUUUAAAAAAUCUCAAAGGAAAGAAAGAAUAUGAAUACUUACCAAUUUUAUUCUACACACAAACAAACAUUAUCACUCUAACUGCAGU